CAAAUUAAAUACAUUGAAGGAAAAUGAAUGCAGGUAGUAUGAUAAUGAAUGGUUGGACCGGUGGUAGUUUGACGGUUCAGUAUGCUGUGAACUUCAGUAAGCUUCCUUUAUAAGUCAUUUCGUUUCACUUUGGUUCUGUCUGAAAAGAAACCCAUUUAAGGUGCUGCGUAGAUGGAUUCUGGUCGGUUCCGUUACUACGUCGUUCGGAGAGGACGAAAGCCAGGCAUUUACACCUCUUGGGAAGAAUGCAAUCAACAAGUCUAUGGCUUCAAGGGGAGUCAGUUAAAAGGCUUCAUGGUAAGGCGCGAGGCGGAGGAGUGGCUGAGUUUGCCAAGACAACACCCAGUUGGUGAAGAUACUGUCCCGGAGCCUCAAGAUUUGGCGCUAAGCUUUGGAGCUAUGUCCGUCGGAGACUCUGGCAGCGUUACCGGAGACGACAGCAGCGGAUCUGUGACUGCCGGGACGGACUUGCUGCCUCAGAAGCCAGAUAUGGUGCCGGAGUUUGACCCCAAGGCGUUCGUCAUAAUGGAAGACAUGGAGCAACUUUUGUUACGGGUUUGUGCUCGACUUGAAAUUGGACCGCCAGUGUUUUUCAUGCGUGAUGUCUUCCGCAGCAAAGGAAAGAAGUAUCAUGGGUUUGGGGUUUCUUUGCAAAGCACCGCGAAGGGGAUACACUUUUUCGUUUCGGGGUGGUUGUCGCUUGACGAGGGACUAGCAAGGCAGGAUGCCGCCUUCAUCACGUUGGAGAGACUCCUUGAGGAGGCGGAGGUGAAAAUUUUUUACUUCAAUUUUCAAGUUGUUCUUCGAUACAAGGAGGCCCUUGUGGAGGCACACCGCAUAGCAAGGUUGUCAGCCACAGAGCAUGUAAUGAUGCUGGAGAAAGAAAACGCUGAGCUGAAGCAAAGGUUGAGCCUCUACAACCAGAUGUUCAUGUAGGCAGGAAGGAUGGCUUUCGUUGUGUCUGGUUUGUGAUGUCCCUUUUGUGUGCUUUUCACUACUUUUGUCUUUUAGUAUUCACGAGAAUGACGAAGCUCAAAAUUCCAAGUUAUUAUAUGUACCUCAGUUUCAACAUGGAUUCUGUUGCGGAGAACGUUGUUUUUCUCCUUUAGGCUGUAUUUAUUCCGUUAAACUUACUUUACAUGACUUCGGCGAAGUUCAUUGUUCCAUUAGUUUAUUUCCUUUCGGUUCUUAUUUAA